UCUUUAGCUACGUACAGGCCUGCCUGGAAGACUCUCUAUCCUCUUCAAAGUUAACAAGAUUUUCUUUCUGGCCUUCUUUCUUUUUUACUUCUUCUCGGGCUUUGAAUUUCCCAUCCAGAUUUUUCUUCUCUGCGGGUGUCUUUGCCUGUUUGGAUCGAUCGAAAGCAACACGACCUUUUCUAUUUUAAAAGAUUUCACAAAGUCAUAUGAUCAAAACCGACCCAACGUGGAGUAGCGGCAUUUGCGAAUUCCACCGGCAAAUCGCCACCAACCUUUCGGAAAAUAAUCUCGUGGCGUUGACGGCUCAGAUCGCGAGCCAUGGCAGGAGACGCAGAGUUGACCAAGCCAAGCUCGUGUUUGACUCCAUGCCGAAACGGAAUGUGGUUUCAUGGACGGCCAUGAUAACCGCAUAUGCCCAUAGCGGGCAUUUAGAUAAGGCAGAAGAGAUGUAUCACAGGAUUCCGGAACGUAAUCUCGUGUGUUGGAAUGUUAUGAUCACUGCCUACUCUCAAUUCGGUUCAUUGGAAUCUGCUCAAAUGGUUUUUGAUAAGAUGGACGAGCGAGAUAUAGUGUCUUGGACGGCAAUGGUGACGGCAUAUGCCCGUUUUGGGCAUGUUGACAUGGCGAGAACAUUGUUUGAUUGCGGCAUGCCGGAACAUAACUCUUAUUCUUGGAAUGCUCUUCUCCAAACGUAUGCGCAUCUCGGAAUGGUGGUAAAGAUGGAAUGGCUGUUUGACGAAAUGCCGUGGGAAAGUAAAGACCUCAUCUCUUGGAACUCUAUCCUUCUCGGUUUCUCGCAAGUCGUCGAUGCUGCUCGGGCACAAGAGGUCUUUAAGAAAAUGCCACUUUGGAACGUAAAGUCGUGGAACAUUCUUCUUUCUGCUUAUGCCCAUGAUUUGCAUGAAUUUCAGAAGACUCGAGCAGUGAUGCCAGAAUGGGAUAUUGUAACUUGGAAUUCUACUCUAUCAACCUACAUUUGCCAAGGUAAACAUGAAAUUUGUGAAAGUGUGUUUGACUAUAUGGUGGAAAAGGACAUUGUUUCGUGGGUGACAAUGGUAGCAGGAUAUGCUCAGAUUGGGCAUUUCGAUCAGGCGAAAUUUCUCCUAAACAGGAUGCCAGUUUGGAACUUGGCUGCCUGGAAUUCGAUCAUUCAGGCUUAUGGCGAAGCUGGCGAGAUGGAAGAAGCUGAAAAAGCAUUUCGAUCUCUGCCAUUUGCGAACAUGAUCUCAUGGACGGCACUUCUCGCAGGAUUAAGAGACAACGACCUUAUUGAGCAGGCCAAAGAUUUGUUUUUCCAGAGAAUGCCUAGGCACAAUGUGGUCUCCUCGACGGUGGCUCUCACUUUUCUCCCGAGAGAGUCGGCUCGAGAGUUACUCAACUCCAUGCCGGAAAAGAAUGCUUUCUCGUAUGGAGCAGUGCUACAGGGACUUAUAGCACAAAAUGCUACUCUGGAAGAGAUCAAGUGUGCCUUUGAUUCCACACGGCCACCUUUCAAGACCAUCUUUCUGUGGAACAUGUUGCUUGGAGCUUAUGCAAACGCUGGAAAGGUUGAAGAUGCAAGAGCUAUCCUAUGCUUUCAAAUGCCCGACCAAGAUAUCAUCUCUUGGAACACUGUCUUGUCCGGUUUUGGCAGGCUCGGGGAUGUUGAAUUUGCUCGAGAGAUCUUUCAGACAAUGCCUGGGAAAGAUAUUGCUUCCUGGAAUGCGCUACUCUCGGCUUACUCUUAUAAUGGAUUUUUCCAGCAUGCAAUAGAGGUAUUCUUAACCAUGCCCGAGAAGAAUUUGGCAUCGUGGAACGCACUUGUGUGUGCUUGCUCCCGAGUUCCAGAUUUUGCAUCUCUUUGUGCUGAAAUCUUCCGGGAGCUAUUGAUAUAUGGUUUCGAUCCUGAUGCUGCAACUUUUACUGGGUUUUUCACUUCGUGCAGUCACUUGGGAACUCUAAAUUUUGCCAUGAGGAAGUUUGUCUCAAAUAGCAUUGACUUUCCAUCAUUUUGCAACAACGAGCAUUAUCAUAGGAUUAUGGCUGACAUGUUAUCUCGGGCUGCUAUAAAAUAACAAUUUAUAAAACCAGAUUUUUCUAACUAA